GCCGCUGUGGCCGGUGCCGGCGGCGGGGCGGGUCGGGGCCGCCAUGGCGGGCGCGGGCGGGUGAGGCGCGGCGGGGCCGGGACCGGGGCCGGGGCCGGGGCCGGGGCCGGGGCCGGGCCAUGGCGGCGGCCGCAGCGGCGGGCUCCAACUGGGGCCUCAUCAUGAACGUGGUGAACAGCAUCGUGGGGGUGAGCGUGCUCACCGUGCCCUUCUGCUUCCGCCAGUGCGGCAUCGUCCUGGGGGCUCUGCUCCUGGUGUUCUGCUCCUGGAUGACUCAUCAGUCCUGCAUGUUCCUGGUGAAAUCGGCCAACCUCAGCAAGCGCAGGACCUACCCCGGCCUCGCAUUUCAUGCCUAUGGAAAAGCAGGAAAAAUGUUGGUGGAAACAAGCAUGAUUGGGCUGAUGCUGGGGACGUGCAUCGCCUUCUACGUGGUCAUUGGUGAUCUGGGCUCCAGCUUCUUCGCUCGCCUGCUUGGAUUUCAGGUGUCGGGUAGUUUCCGGAUAAUCCUGCUCUUUGCUGUCUCCCUCUGCAUUGUGCUUCCAUUGAGCCUCCAGAGGAACAUGAUGGCCUCCAUACAGUCCUUCAGUGCCAUGGCUCUCAUCUUCUACACGGUGUUCAUGUUCGUGAUCGUGCUGUCGUCCUUCAAGCACGGCCUCUUCAGCGGGCAGUGGCUGCAGCGGGUGAGCUACACGCGCUGGGAGGGCAUUUUCCGCUGCAUCCCCAUCUUUGGCAUGUCCUUUGCCUGUCAGUCUCAGGUCUUGCCUACCUAUGACAGCUUGGAUGAGCCGUCUGUUAAAAUCAUGAGCUCCAUCUUUGCUUCUUCCCUAAACGUGGUCACCACCUUUUACAUCGCGGUGGGCUUCUUUGGCUACGUGAGUUACACUGAAGCCAUUGCUGGGAACGUCCUAAUGAACUUCCCUUCCAACCUCGUGACGGAGAUGAUCCGAGUGGGAUUCAUGAUGUCGGUAGCUGUGGGGUUUCCCAUGAUGAUCCUGCCGUGCAGACAGGCGCUGAACACCCUUCUCUUUGAGCAGCAGCAGAAAGACGGCACCUUUGCUGCAGGGGGCUACAUGCCCCCGCUGCGGUUCAAAGCCCUGACCCUGGCUGUGGUGUUUGGAACCAUGGUGGGAGGCAUCAUGAUCCCGAACGUGGAAACCGUGCUGGGCCUGACGGGCGCUACGAUGGGAAGCCUCAUUUGUUUUAUCUGCCCAGCUCUUAUUUACAAGAAGAUCCACAAGAAUGCACUUUGCUCACAGAUUAUCCUGUGGAUUGGCCUUGGAAUAUUGGUUAUUAGUACUUACACCACCUUGUCUGCCACGGAGGAUCCCCCUGUGAAGACAGAGGCGAUGGGCUUGGAGCACCUGGAUGGAGAGGAGAACGGAAUGGACCAGGAGUUGGUCAAAAUCCCAGACCAGAACCCGGCAGUAGAGGAGGCAGAGGAUGACCGUGAUAAGCCCAAGCUGCUGGAUGAGAAGGAGGAGAUGGAGCAGCCACAAAUCAAGGUGCCCAUGCAGGUACCCAAGAGAGAGGAGGAGGAGAGAGGAAAGCUGGAGGAGAAAGUGCAGCUUGACCGUCCUGAUCAAGGGAUCGCCCUGCCCGUGGGGGAAGCCCAUCGCCACGAGCCGCCCGUCCCACACGACGAAGUGGUCGUGGACAUGGGGCGGGAGCGGGAGGAAUCCGACGAGAACAAGCCUGUGCCCGGGGGAGGCAGCGACCGCCGGGCUCAGCCGGCGCCGGAGCAGGCAGCGGGGCUGAGUCCCCAGAAAGCAGCCCUUGGCCUGAACCAGGGGAAGGAAGCGAUUGCUGGGAACCAGCUGCGGGGAGGGACUGACGAGCCCGCCCAGAAUCCCAAGAACGUCCUGGAGGUGAUGGCGCAGGGUGGCAGGCUGCCAUACAAAGAGCUGGAGCCAGACAAACAAGUGCUGGAAGCCAAGGCGCAAGCUGCCGUGCCGGACGGUGCGAAGAAAGCUGAGGCUGCAGGUGACAGGGAGAAAGCAAAGCUCCAGCUCCCCAGGAAAGCAGAGGAGGCUGCGAAGUCAGUGGAGAAGGAAACAGACCCUGGUGAAAAGCAGGAGCUGCCCCUUCCGGACAGAGCGGAUCAGCUGGAGCCAAAGGAGGCCCGAAACACGGAGGAGAAGCAACAGGAGAACGUGGAGAGCAAGCUGGAGGAAGCUGGGCAGGCGAAACUGCUUGACCACGCCGUGCUGCUGCAGGUGAUCAAAGAGCAGCAGGUACAGCAGAAGCAGCUGCUUGACCAGCAGGCAAAGCUGCUGGCUGUGAUUGAGGAGCAGCACAAGGAGAUCCACCAGCAAAGGCAGGAGGAGGGAGGAGAGGAGAAGCCAAAGCAAGCAGAGACGCAGCAGGAGCCCGCUGUGCCCCUCUCCAGGAGCAGGGAGGAUGAGGGUCUCGGGGUCAAGCAAGAACCUGCUGCCAAGGUGCUGAGCAAGGAGCUGCUGGAGCAGCCAGCGCCGGGCCCGGGCAGGCAGCCCGACUCCACCGAGCAGCGCAGGGGGGCUGCAGGGAAGCAGGAGGAGGCUGGGAACAGGCGUGACAUUCCAGAGGUCCCUCCCAAGGAGCGGAAGGUGCUGCCGCAGGACAGAGGUGCUAAAAACCCCCCAGAGAAUGGGGAUCCCCUGCACAGGGAUGCCCAACACAUUCCAGCAGCCAGAAGCCACCCAGAAAAGAAGCCCUUGGUGGAGGAUUUGGGAGGAGAACGUGAAGCCAAAGCUGCAAGAGACAUCCACAACAAGAGUAAUUCCCUGAAAGCCGUGGAAGUAGCUACAGCUCCCAUCCAAAGAGAACAGCUCGGGGCUGCCAAAGUUCAGGGAGUAGCAGGAAAGAGUCUGGAAAGAGACUCAGGAAGAGACCUUAAAGCCAAAGCACUGAGUCAGGUGGAGCCCAAGGACCUGGCAGUUGCGCUGGACUCCUCCAGCAAGAGGAAUGUGGCAGAGAGUGAGCAGCACCUACGGGAGCAUCCGAGAGCUGCACGCACGGAGGGAGCUGAGGGUGGUGGCAGGCGGCAGCAGGACCCGGCUGGCAAAGGGGACGUGAAGGAAGGAGCUCCUGGGGAGAACGCGGUGGAUGUGGCCCAGGAGCCGCAGGGUGGGCUGCGGAGCAAGCAGGGGCACGGGGACGGAGGGGGCUCAAACGAUGGGGAGAAGAAACCAGCCCUUGAGAACGCUCCUGCCCCAAAGCCAGAGCAAGGAGCUGCCCAGGGGGACCAGAGGCUGGACCACGACAUCAAACCCAACCGGGACCUGAAGCUGCAGGCGGACCUGGACCUGCGCCGGCGGCGCCGCGACCUGCUGCCUCCCGAGGAGGAGGAGGAGGAGAAGGAAGGGGAGGCCGCGCGGGGCGCCGGGGUCUUGAUCGGCCUGAACCCCGUCCCCGAUGUGAAGGUGAACGACCUGCGGAGCGCGCUGGAGGCGCGGCUGCACGUGGAGGGGGCUCCGCAGGUCGUGCACAGCCGCCAGAUCCGGCAGGUGCCGCGGCCGGCCGGGGCCUGAGGGGCGGCCGCGCUCGGCGGGUGGCUGCGGCCGCGGGGCCCCGAGCUCCGGGGGGGGCUCACGGGAAGCGGAGGGGGUUUGGCUGCUGUUGGUGGCGGGUGGGCUCUUUGCUGGGUGCAGCCCGUGGGAGCUGUGAGCACCGGCGGCUCCGUGGUGGCGCCUCCCUGUGCGUGUGUGCGGGCGGCUGAGGAGGCGGCAGCCGGGAAGGCUCCUGCUCCCCGCUGCCUUGCGGGGGCUGCCGGCCGCCUCGCGUCCCUGCCAGCUCGCAAGGACCUUUAUCAGCAUCUCCUCCGUAUCGAAUUGCCUUCUCCAUCCAGCUCCCGACUCCCCUUUCAUUCCCAAGGUGGCAUCCGUGAGGUUCCCCUGCCUGCUCGGGCUCCGUCACCGAGGCUGUGGGGCAGAGCUCGGGGGCUGCAGGAGGAGGGGAACCAGGGGUUGCUCCUCUUGGGAAUGGCUUUAUUCUGGAGAAGCACCAAGCCUGGAGGUGAGGACCAGCUCAGCCGAUUGCUUGGGUGUUUCUCCUGCAACGGGAGCUGUUAGUCCUGCAUGUUUAGGAGAUAGUUGUGGUUUAGGAACCCAGUUUAGUAGAAAUGCUGCCUUAAACGGGCACAACCGCUGCUGUUGUGCUGCCUCUUCUCCCAGGGACUCGCUCGGUGGCCACACACUAGCAAUAACCCGGAGCUUUGCUCUCCCCCUCCCCGGAUGCUCAGCUCUCUGCUCUCAAGCUUGACUUCUCCUCUCCAAAGUGCAUUCGGCAGCUCAGCCCGGGGCUGCACGUUCCGGCUCCCCCUUCCCAAACCAGCUGCUUUUUCUGCAAGAGCUGGCUCAUUUGGGAACAAACAGCUUGGAAGGGCAGCCACGGGGGCUCAGCUCAAGCCUACCUACCUCUGCUCUCUGCAGCACAGUGUUUGUUUUGUGCAUUCCUCCAGCCCUUCCCCUGUGUUUGCCAUCCGUAGCUGUCAGUACUCCGCCCCUGGAAAUGCAUUUUAGGAGGCAGGAAGGGAAGAGCUGCCCCGAGAGCCCUGGGUGAGUUCAGGCUCGCGGCGCUUCAUCCCUUUGGUGGGUGGGUUUUUGUUUGGUUUGUUUUCACAUCCUGACCUGCGAAUGUACGAGAUCAAAUCCCAAAGCUCUCACCAGAACGGCUGAACCUUCCCAGCCUGGAGCCUACAGACCUCAUCACUGUGGUGGUUUUUAUAGCUGCAUCUCAAAGCGUCUCCGGUGCAGCCGCCUCAAUGCGUUUGUGUCCGAUGGGACCGCAGGGAGCCGGGGAUGGGCGGUUAUGGACGCUCGGCUCCGGGCACUCGGGAAUGCCGCUGCCGUGUGCCUGGUGCUGGAAGGAUGUGUCUUAAUUUCCCAUUCAAACGACACGGAGCCAC